GACUUCUUCUCUUCAAUCUCUUCUUCCUCUCUCUGUCUCUAGUGUUCAUCUUUUCUCUCUCUCUCUCUCUCUCUCUCUCUCUUUCUCUAUCUAUCUACAGAACAAAACUCUAGCGUGAGUCUCUCUCUCUCUAAUAAAACCAGGGAGAUGUCUUGGAGUUCCUUCUUUUUAUUGUUUCUUUAAUGCUUACCCAUUUGGAGGAAAAUGGGGGGAGAGGACUGGGGCUGGAUUGGAGCCCAUGCCCCCAAACAAGUCCCACCAAACAGAAAGCCAACACGCAGCCUGAGACGCACUCACAGACUUGAGAGAGUGAGAGAGAUAUAGAGGUCAUCAUGCUUGCCUCUUCUUCUUCUUCUCCUCCUCCCUCUCUCUUUGUCUGGGGCACCCUUUCUCUGCCUCUAACUCAUUGCUGAUUGGUUUUUGCCAAGGAAAAAGCUUCAAAAGGUCUCACCUUUACCUCCCUCUUAUACCCAAACUUUGGUAGAACUCUUUUGUUUGCUUUUGGCUUGUAGAUCAACUUUGGAACGAAAGAUAAGCUUUACAGUGUUUCUGAUGAUAGUUUCUUAUGACGAAUUCUGUUCCGUCAGUAAGGUGACAAUAAAUACAAUGUUGAAGGAUGAAGAGAGGGACGCAGAUAACAGUAUGAGGCGGCACAAGAAGAAGAAGAUCAAUGCUGAUGAGUUGAGCAACAAGAAAGAGAUUGAGGUUUUGGAUAACUCUCCAAAAUACGGGCUUUCUACAGAUCGAGAGAGGAACAGAGCCAACGGCUCUUCAAAGGUUAUGGAACCUCAGGAUGCAGAUUACUCAUUCGUGCCAUUUCUCAGCGAUGAGAUCGCUCUUCUCAUAUUGGCCAGAGUACCAAGAUCGGAGUACCAAAGGCUCUGUUAUGUAAAUCGGCGAUACCAAACUCUAGUUCGAAGCGGAGAGCUCUACUCCAUCAGGAAAGAGAUCGGCAUAAAGGAGCCUUCCAUACUAAUGCUAGCUAGUGGUGAGUCAAAUUGGUGGUGCUACGAUCCCCGGUCUCGUGUUCGCCGGAAUCUGCCAGUCCUGCCAGCCGAUGAGUGUUUUUCCUCAUUCGACAAGGAAUCACUCUGUGCUGGUACUCACCUCCUCGUAUCGGGAAAGGAGAUAAGUGGCUCAGUGAUAUGGCGAUAUGAAUUGGCGUCGGAUCAGUGGUUCAAGGGGCCAUUGAUGAUCAAUCCAAGAUGUUUGUUUGCUUCAGCAAACUGUGGUAAUGAGGCUUGUGUGGCGGGCGGGAUCGCGCCGACAAUGGAAAUCCUGAACACUGCCGAGAAGUAUGACCCUGAGAGCAAAACCUGGAACCAGUUGCCGAGGAUGAAACAGAGGCGUAAACUCUGCUCAGGAUGUUACAUGGACAAGAAGUUCUACGUCAUCGGUGGACAAAAUGAAAAGGGUGAUAAUCUCACUUGCGGCGAAUUCUAUGAUACUGAAAAGAAUGUGUGGGAGCUGAUACCUGACAUGCUGCAGAAAGAUGCACCAACCUGGUCUUCUCGGUCUCCACCGCUCAUCGCCGUUGUUAACAACGAGCUUUACUCGCUCGAGGCUUCAUCAAAUCGGCUCAAGGUUUACUUGAAGAUGAGCAAUUGUUGGAAAGAUUUGGGAGAAGUUCCGGUGAGAGCUGAUCAUAGUCGGGGUUGGGGAGUGGCGUUCAAGUCUUUAGGCGAUGAAUUGCUUGUCAUCGGCAGCAGGGCACUCUCACAUGCAUUCCGUGGGAUGACGAUAUGCACUUGCAAGCCUGAUCCAGAGUUGGAUUCUCCCCCGUGGCGAGUGCUCGAAAAUGAUGGUCUUCAUUGGAGCUCAUUCAUCUUCAAUUGUUCUAUAAUGGUCGCUUGAUCAGUGUCAUUGUUGGCCAGGAUAGAGAGAGUUCUUCUGCUCUUUGCUUGAUUUCUGCAUUUGAACUUCAGAUAAACAUAAAAAGGAAGAAAUUAAAAAGAUCAAAAUGAAUCACCGAUGUAACAUUGUUUGAUUAUGUUGGUGGCGUUUCCCCAAGCACUUCAGUUUCUAUCAGUUCAUAAAUGUUGGCCUUCCAUUUUAUGAUACUGGGAGGAAUUUAGUUAUUUGGUCUUUAUAUAAAUACAUGGAAUUUCAAUA